AUGACAUACAGCAACACUGCUUGUGGGGUCUUUGAAGGAUUGGUGAAAAAGGUCACACUCUUUGAGGAGAAUCAGAAUCAAGAAGUUAUUAAGAUCAAGAUGCCAGAUACUACUCCAAUCAUACAAGCAACACAAAUUACUCAAGAAACACUUCCUGAUGUUGAAUCAGUUCAUCAUCCUCUCUAUCUUCAUCAAACGGAUCACCCAGGGCUCAUUCUAAUUGCUAAGAAGUUAACUGGUUCAGAGAACUUCAGUUCUUGGAAAAGAUCAAUGCUAAUUGCUCUAAGUGCGAAGAACAAGAUCAAGAUUGUCACUGGAGAGUACAAAGAACCAGAAGCAACUUCACCUCCCAAACCUCUGUGGGAAAGGACUAAUGAUAUGAAACAUUAUGCACAACUAGAUGGACAUAGGAUAUAUCAAAUCACUGCAGAUGUCUCACAACUCAAACAAGAAAAUACUAAUAUUGAAGUGUACUAUCAUAAACUGAAAGGAUUGUGGGAUGAGCUAGAUGCUUUAGAAGCACCAUAUGCAUGCACCUGUAAAUGCAGUUGUGAAAAUGGUAAGAUCAAUGGUGAAAGGGAACAAAGGAAAAGGGAAGGUCACACAAAGGAUGAAUGUUACCAGAUUGUUGGGUAUCCACCAGGCCAUCCUUUACAUGGCAAAUUCAAAAACCCUACAACACCUUUUAAAGGGAAAACUGUCAACUCUAUCAUCUCACAUCCCAAUCUCACCUCCCCUGUUCCUUACACUGGUAUGGAUAGUCCUGUCAAUGUCAAUUCAGCCUCUGCAGACAAUGCAAUGCAUAGCAGGAUGGACCAAUUGCAAAAUCAACUCAACCAAUUGAUGCUAAUGAUGCAACAUACUACACAAGCUUCAUGCAUUAAGGACUUUAUAGAUGCUUGGAUACUUGACAAUGGUGCAACUGAUCAUAUUUGCAUUACACUUGCUCUUUUCACCCAUAUAACAACUUGUCCCACUCCCAUAACUGUAAAUCUUCCCAAUGGACAACAAGUUCUUGUCACUCAAAUUGGUACUGUUAAAUUACAGUCAGAUUUAAUCCUCCAUAAUGUCUUCUAUAUUCCUACCUUAGCUUAUAAUCUCAUUUCUGUGAGGAAACUUGCCAAAUCCACCAAUUCUUCUAUCAUUUUCACUGAUGAGCAUUGUUAUUUGCACGCCCAUAAAAGACUAAUCCCACUUGGUUCAAUCUUACAUGGGCUAUACAUCUACAUUCCUCCCUCCAAGAGCAAUUCCACCAUUCUCUCAACUCAAUCUUCCAGUUCUUCUAAUCUUUGGCACUCCAAACUUGGCCAUCCUUCUCAUCAAGUCCUGUAG